AUGGGAAAGUUCAAGGAAUUAACAAAAGACACAUCUAUAGAUUUGAUGCGGAUAAAUUCAAAGUCCGGAUUAUCAUUAACUGGUCAAAGAUAUAAUGAUGGCAAUCUUUUCCGUCACAGAAAACAAACAUUUGAUAAUCGGCCAACUUGCUACAAAUGUGAAAGUAUGACAAGAUGUCCACUGGGUCCACCAGGUCCUCCAGGAUAUGAUGGUGAAGAUGGAGUGGAUGGUAUACCUGGAAUUCCCGGAAUGGAUGGAUUUCCUGGAAUUCUAAAGAAUUAUCAGAAUGGAGGAUGCAUCAAAUGUCCACGUGGUCCGCCAGGUAUGGCAGGUCCUAUAGGAGCACCCGGUGAGCCGGGACCAAAAGGACCAGAUGGAGUAAGCGGAGAGUGGACAGGUGUUGGAGCGAAAGGUCCGCCAGGUCCUCCCGGUGAUCCUGGAAUACCAGGGCCAAUGGGUCCACCAGGUGAGCAAGGCGAAAAUGGGCUACCAGGAGUACAAGCGAUAAUUGGAAGGCCGGGUCUACCUGGGCCAAUUGGUCCACCGGGACUGAUCGGACCUCCUGGUGAACCAGGAAUAACAGCGAAUGGUGAAUUAGGGCCGGUUGGUUUGCCAGGUCCUGAAGGAUUACCAGGCCUUGCUGGACCAAUAGGUGUCGAUGGUGAGAUCGGAAUGCCCGGAAUCCCUGGAGCCAAUGGUAUAUAUUGUCCAUGUCCACCACGAAACUUGUUCAGCAUAAUGAAAAUCAAGGAGAAUCCACCAGAAACAACCGCACAUGACGUGUAUUAUUGA